AUGACGAAGAAGAAGAAGAAGAAGAAGAAGAACAACACUGUCAUCAUCGAAACGUUGCUCAACUGGGGAAGAGAGAAUGGAAUCCGAACGCAUCCGAACGUCGCGAUACAACAACGAAUAAUAAAGAAUGGGGACGAGGACGACGAGGAGGACGAGAGAGGCAUUUUUUACGUGCGCCUCGACGAUGAAAGAGACGACGUAAACGACGUAAACGAUGCCACGAUGACGACGACAGAAACGCUCGUGUCCAUCCCGGAGAAGGCAUUGUUGUGUGUUCCCCGACGACGAACAGAAACAGUAACAAAAGGACUCGAGGAGGAAGAGGACGACAGUUUGUGCGAAAUACUUCUGAGAGAGACAAAAAAGAAUACGAAAAACAACAACAACGAAAGCGGCGGUAGUUUCUGGAGCGCGUAUUUACGAACGCUUCCGAACGAGUACGAUUUAUUGGAACUGUGGACGGACGAGGAGAUUGAGAUGUUACAAGUCGACGCGGCGAAAGCGUCGGCGCGCGAGCUUCGAGGGAAAGUUUCCGCGUCGUACGACAGACAGUGUAAGAAGACGAAGAACGCGGGGAUUUUUUUUACGCGAGCGGAGUGGGCAUAUGCAAAAGCGACGGUGAGAUCGAGGACGGUUUCGGUGCCUUGGUCGUCCGCAGGGGCGUUGGCGCCGAUAGGGGACAUGUUCAAUUACGCGCCAGUUGGAGGUUUUCUCGGCGGUGAUGACGAUGAUAACGGUAACUUUUGUAACGGUGACGAAAAGGAGGAUGGAUGCGUACCUGUUGGGACGGGAGCGUGGAACGCAAACGAGAACGCGUUUGAGUUUCAAGGCACGCUUCCCAAGAAGUUCUCCCCUACAACUCGCUCGUUCGAGUUGUUCAUGAACUACGGCGCGUAUACGAAUUUGGAACUGUUGUCCUUGUAUGGCUUUCAUUGCGGGGAGAACAAUCCGAACGAUGUGAUUGUGCUCGAUGUUCCAUUGAUUACAACACAAACAACGGAAUACCAUGCAAAAGUUAUCGCAACGUCUGGAGCUCUCACGUUUGAAAGUGAGAGAGAUUUGCGAUUAGAAUACGCCGUUCUCACCUCGUAUGAAUCUUACAGCGACAAACGCGCGCAACGCGCGCACGCCUCGGCACAACGCCACUCGUUUUCGGCGUUCGCAUCUCGAGGCGAAAAGCUUUCCGACGCGUCCGAGCACAACUUUUGCACCGCCAUUCGCGACGCCGCCGGUCGAGCCUUGCUCUCGUUCGCGACGACCGCAAAACAGGAUUGCGAGUCGCUCGAACAUCUCAAAAACUCCAGCGCGAAUACAGAAAAAGAUACGAACGCCAGGGCCACAAGAAGAAGAAGAACGAAGUUAGCAGUAGAAUAUAGACUCGCCGUGAAAAGGGCGCUGCAGAAAACAUACCGGAUGUACGAGAAAAGAAUGAAUGCAUUAAUAAUAUAG